UCGCCUCCCGAGCAUCGGGGCGUCGCCGCCCGGCCCCUUCAAAGCGGGCGCCUCUCCCGUCCCAGCCCGUCCCGUCCCGUCCCGUCUCGUCUCGUCCCGCCGUGGCAGAGACCGGGGCGAUGCUGCGCUGGGGCUACGAGGAGCACAACGGGCCUGCCCGCUGGAAGGAGGUUUUUCCUGUUGCUAAUGGAGACCGUCAGUCACCUAUUGACAUCAAAACUGAGGAAACUAAGUAUGAUCCCUCUCUCCGUCCUCUAAAUCCAAAUUAUGAUCCAACUUCUGCUAAAAUCAUCCUUAACAAUGGGCACUCCACCAGUGUUGAGUUUGAUGACACCGUCAACAAAUCAGUGCUGACCGGGGGGCCACUGAGUGGGACCUACAGGCUGCGCCAGAUUCACUUCCAUUGGGGGUCCAAUGAUGAAGCCGGUUCUGAGCAUGCAGUGGACGGAAUGAAGUAUGCAGCAGAGCUUCAUGUGGUCCACUGGAACUCAGAAAAGUAUUCCAGUUUUGUUGAGGCAGCGCGUCAGCCAGAUGGAUUAGCAGUCAUGGCUGUAUUUCUGAAGAUUGGUGAAUGCAACCUUCAGUUGAAGAAGAUUACUGACAGUUUGGACACCAUCCGAAUCAAGGGUAAAAGAGCACUAUUCACAAACUUCGAUCCUAGCUGUCUGCUUCCCAAGUCCCUGGACUACUGGACUUACUUUGGCUCUCUCACUGUUCCACCUCUUCUCGAAAGUGUCAUCUGGAUUGUUUUGAGAGAGCCCAUAAAUGUUUGUUCUGAACAGCUAGCCAAGUUCCGCAGCCUCCUGAGCACUGCUGAGGAUGAGGUUGCCUGCUGCUUGCUGAGAAACUAUCGGCCUCCCCAGCCUUUGAAGGGAAGAGAAGUCAGAAGAAAUUAGAGGAGUGAAGCCAGAAUAGUCUCCCGCUGAAACCAAAGGCUAAAUUAAUUUCAAUAGUUAAUACACUUAGUGAUUUAUUUUUUUUGUGCGUUUUAUAACAGAAAGUUGUUUUAUUAUUGGUUACCACACAGUCAUUUCUUAAAAUGCAUGUCCUGAGUUGUUGCAGGUUCACAAAUGUUAACAGGUCUGGCUGUGUUUGAGUGCAUUGGUUUGGGAGCGUUGAGGCGUGAGUGUCACAUACAGAGAGGGCAGUUCUAACCAUAAGGGUCAGAUGUGGUGAAGGAGUUGUCCAGAACUUGCUAAUAUAUUACUGAAUGGGAUUUCUGAUGUCAAUGGCAGUAAAGGAUGUUCUGAGAUUAUUCUUUUGGUCUCUGACAUAACACUUAGCUUCUAUAUAAGAAUUCACACUGUAAUUCUCGAGAAAAAAAAUAUUUUAAGGCUGAUAUAACUUCAUUGCUGACUUCUGCGAUAGCAUGCUCACCUUCCUACAAAAAGCCGCAAUGAUUAAUAGCAUUGAAGUAAAACAGACAUUUAUAUGAUCCUGUUAUUCUGAUCACUUCAUAGAAGUAAUGAUAAUUGUUUUUUUAAAAAAGCAAAUAGUAAGGAUUUUGUAUAUUGCAGGAUCAUGUCAGAUGACUUAGGUAUUCCUGAAUUCCACCACGUAUGGAUGAAAUUGUCCUGAAACCUGAAAGGUGGAAGGGCAUAGAGGGAACUGCUCAUUCCUAAACCCAGUCUGUCGCAUUUGGUGAAUAAGGAGCUGUAAUACUAUAUCCAUGUAGCAUCAGACUCCUACCACUUAAAACCAGGAAGGAGGAGUAGCUGUUGCUCCAGGCUUCAUGCUAGACGUGUUGCAUGCUGCGUGACACACAUGCUGCAAACUCCACAUCUUGCAGUGAAGGACAGCACUAGCCAAGUGUCUAAUAUCUCCUGGGUACUGGCUGAUGUUCUGUUGUUGUAACCGAACUUGGGUGGUUGCACUUAUAUUCCAAGACCAAAGGUGGCAGUUAGAGCAAGCCAAAGAAGCCAGAAUUAAGUCAAUAUUUAAUAAAAGAUAAGCCCUCCAUAACAAUGUGUUGCAAUGUCUGUCUUUAUGAAUUGACUUGAGCCUGUGUUACUCUCAGGAGCUUUUGUUAUCUGAAUAUAAUUUUUUGUUUAACACCAAAUUUAUUUUUAUUAUUUUUAAUUAAUUUGCCACAGGAUGUAGCUUAGUAUAGGAUUAGAUUUACCCUCAGACUGUUAAAACUACAUAGUCAAAACCAGUGAUACCAGAAAGAGGCAGCUAGAGAUUUGAUGGGCAGCAGCUACCAUCAAUCUCUGUAGUACUUUUGAUCAACUCAUCUUCCAUGCCUGCUGUCCAUAAUUUUGUGUUUGAUUUUUUGGUUUUUUUUUUAAUAGGUUUUAUAGGCUGUGGCUUUUACCUCAACAGUCUUUUGAUAAUAGAUGGACAAACAUGACAAAAAUCACAAUCAGGAUUCACUUUUUAUACCUUCUUAUAACUUAAUAAAUUAA